CAGCACACUAGCAUCUCGUUGACAGCAGUGGUACUGCAUGCAGACGGCCGAAGGCACCUCAUCCUCACAACCAAGACAAGACGAUGGCAGAUGCAGAUCAGCCAACGACACCGCGUCCAAGACGUGAUAGAUGCAUCCCAUCAGCCUGCCAAAUGAAGCCAAGCGCACUCUCUUCUCCCACUUACAACUUCCCCCGACCUCGAAGGCGGCCGUCUAUGACUCUCGCCAUGUUGAUCUUUGCUGCACUGACAGAGGGCAUCAGAGCCGUACAGAGAAGCGGCCGAGAGGGCUUCGCCUUCGGCCACGGGAGGAGGCCGCUGCUGCAGCCGCAGCAUAGGGGAGGGAGGGGCGGGGGACCUCGUGUGGUGAGAAGUGCAGCAGCUGACGGCCAAGCCGUCGCAGUGGGGCCCGUGCAGACGACCGAGGCAGAGGUCAAGACACCCGCUGCAGCAGGGGUGAGAGUCACGAGGCAAGGCAGCACUCGAAAUGCAUGGGGACUGUUAAAGGUCUGCUACCUACUGUGUGUGCGUGGAUCAGCGUCGCAGUGCGGCAGUGGUACAGACGGCUGGCGGCACCAAGGAGAGCGGUGUGAAGGAGGCGCCGCUGGAUCUGAACCCGCCGAGGGGCACGAGGGAUUUCUUCCCUGACGACAUGCGCCUGCGCAACUGGCUCUUCGACAAGGUUAGUUAAGCACAUCGUUCGAUCAACAAUGCUGUGGGUCGGUCACGUAUGCGUGGUGCUCUGUGCAUUAUUUGUCUGUCUAUCAGUGGCGGCGGGCAAGUGAGCUGUACGGCUUUGAGGAGUUUGACGCGCCCGUGCUCGAGAGCGAAGACCUCUACAUAAGAAAGGCUGGUGAGGAGGUUGUGGGUCAGCUGUACUGCUUUGCCGACAAGGGCGGGCGGCGAGUGGCGCUGCGGCCCGAACUCACACCCUCCCUCGCACGUAUGGUGCUCGCCAAGAGGGGCCAGCUCAACAUGCCCAUCAAGUGGUUCGCGAUACCUCAAUGCUGGCGGUCAGCUCCAGCCCCCCACCCACCCACCCACCCACCCACACACACAAUUGGAUGCAGUGUGUGCAGCCGAUGCAUCCGAUGGCUCCCUCUCUCUCUGUGUGUCUCAACUUACUUUAAGUUAUGAGCGGAUGACCCGAGGUCGGCGUCGCGAGCACUACCAGUGGAAUUGCGACAUCUGGGGGGUGGGGGAGGUGACGGCCGAGAUGGAGCUGCUCAGCUGCAUUGUUCGCUUCUUCGAGAGCGUGGGAAUCGGCAGCGAUGAUGUGGGCAUCAAGGUCAACAACAGAGAACUGCUCAGAGAAGUGCUGCACAAAAGUGAGGAGGGAGGGAGGGAGCGACAGACAGACAGAAAGAGAAAUAAAUACCCCCACCGCAUCCACACACAAGGAAGGUGUGGACGUGGGUGGACUGAUUAUCUAUCUGUGUGUGUCUUGUGGUCAGACGGCGUGCCCGACGACCGGUUUGCGGCCGUGUGUGUGUUGAUUGACAAGCUGGAGAAGGUGCCCCUCGACCACCUGAGGGACGACUUCCGAGCGCUGGGGGUCGAGGGCAGCCAACUUGACAGCAUCGCCGCGAGUGUGCGGGCCGACCAGACCGUCGACGACGUCGCGCAACUCGUGGGGGAGGACAGCCAGGCCGUCAAACACCUCAGGUAUGCCUGUCGGUAUGUCGGUGGGUGGGGGAAAAGGCACGUGUGUGUAUGUCCUUCUCUGUGUGGUGUGGUGUGGUGUGGUGUGUGCAGAGAUGUGUUCGACAUGGCUGACGCAUACGGGAUUGCGGAUUGGCUCGUGUUCGACCCCUCAGUGGUGAGUGGUUCUCCUAGUGGGACGGGACAACAUGCACGCCUCAUUGGUGCGUGUGUGUGUGUGCAGGUGCGUGGCUUGGCCUACUACACUGGCGUCGUCUUUGAGGGCUUCGACAGGGCGGGGGAGCUCAGGGCCAUCUGCGGCGGUGGCAGAUACGACACGUACGCAUGUCGACGGCUGAGUGCGCCAGGCAGCAAGCGACUCACAAUGGAUGGACGGACACUCGUCCAUUCCUGCUGCCGUCUGUCUGUCCGUCAGGCUGCUUGAGAUGUUCGGCGGCGAGCCCAUCCCUGCCGUGGGCUUCGGCUUUGGGGACGCUGUCGUUGUGGAGCUGCUCAAAACAAAGUGACUUGACCACAUCGCCAACCACCCGUACAUGCCAUGCAUCCCCCUUCCCUCACUGUCUCUGUUGUUGUCUCCCUCAUCUCAGGGGCCUGCUGCCCGACUUCGCCGACACCUCUGUGGCUGACGCAGUGGUGUGGCCGCUCGCCGGGGGCGAUGAGACAUCGACCGUGCAGCAGGCGGCCGGCAGGGUGGCGACACGACUUAGACAGAGCGGGCUCAAAACAGACGUCAUCCUCGAAAACAAAAAGGUCCGCCACAGAGAGGGAGAGAGAGAGAGAAAGAAACAAACAAGAAGAGCCACCGACUGCUUGUCUGUCUUUUGUGUCAGUCCAAGUGGGUGUUCAAGCACGCUGCGCGCGUCAACGCCGGGGUGUUGGUGGUGAUAGGUGCCGACGAGGUGGCGGGGAACGAGGUGACGGCCAAGCGGCUGUGCGACAAGGAGCAGCAGCGGGUGACCCUCGACGGGACACAUCUGGAAGACCUAGCGGCCGAAUGGGCGAUGGGAGAGGGAGGGUAGGGGGGAUGAUGAUUUCCAUCGCCCACUCACUGAAUCUAUGUUCGUUG